AUUUGCACAUCGACAUAUUGGUCAUAUAGAAAUUUCAAAGAGAUUCUUUUGUCCCAGUUGGGAAACUGUUGAUCAAGAUUCAAUCUGCCAGUUAGAAAAUUCAGAUGAAUAUUUAGUUCCAAGUACAAAAAAAGAAUCAGGACUUAUUUAUAAUGUUAAUAACACUAUUGGAAUAUGUAAUUGUUUUAUUGGAGUGUCAGGUGUAUCAUGCAAGCACCAAGGUGCCGUGGCCAUGAAGUAUUAUAUUAGAAUUAUCAAUUUUUUACCUUCAUUAACACCUAACGAUCACAUGACUUUUUCCUAUAUUGCAAAUGGACUCCAUGUGAAAGAUCAUUUUUUUUAUGCAUCAUUAUGUACAAAACCUGCAUUGGUCAAUCAGCAUAGUUUUAUAAAUAACAAUGAAGAUGAUAAUUUAAAUGCUACAUCAAUAGCAGAAUGCAGGGCUAGCACAAGCAAUAAAUUCAGUAAAAUAGAAGAUCAGGAAGCUGAGUUUGACCAUUCAUCUUUCAAUGAAUUUUUAGCAAGUGAGGUUGGCACAAGUAAUGAACUUAGAAGAUCAGGAAGCAGGGUUUGA